AUGUUCUUCGUCACUAUUCUUGCUCCUUCUCCUGCUUCUAUUGAUCUUUCUCUUCUCCUGCAGAUCUUUCUCUUCUUCGCUAGGCUUGUAGGCGGCGAGAUUUGUGAUAGUUUCUAUAGAUUGGUCAGAUCCCUUAGCGCCUCUCUAGUUUCAUGCUUCCCCUCAUUUUUGAGGUUCCUCCCUGUGCCAAUUUAUCCAUCAUGUGAUGUUUUUCUUCAUGUGUACAUGCCAGGUUCAGAUCUAGCAGACAAGAGGUUUGAUUUUGAAUUCUACGGGCUGGAGGGCUUUUAUUCUAUAUCAUUCCUCACCUCUGCCUGCUUGUCGCUUACAAAAUGGCGAAGUUCGACCCGCACAAGGUUGACUUUGCAGGCCUUGGAUGUUUCCACCAAGAAGAGUAAGAAAUAGUGUUAGAUGGUAAGAAAUAGUGUUAGAUGUCCUCAGAAAGAAAAGAAGAGUUGCCAAUAGAUGCUAGAUUUUCUGUUAAGAUGGUUUCCACUAUUUUUGCUGCCGUGGCAUCCCUCGAAUGCACAUUUACUGUGUACUAAUGACAUAUAUUUUCGCAUAUAAAAAGUACUGUACGAUUGUGAGA